UCGGUUAGGGCUUCCUCGUAAAAGGUCUUGCGUUCCAAUAAUUGGAAUAGGUUCUGCCUCUGCAGGCCAGACAAACGGACUAGUAUCUCUUAAUUUGCUCUCGCAUUAUAGUGCUGAAUGUAUCAACGUUGAUUGUUUUGUGUUGCCAAAAUUGACUUCAAACUUACCUGUCGUUUCAAUGAAUCAUAUUCCUCAAAAUUUCGUAGGCAUUGAGCUGGCUGAUCCAACCUACUAUAAACCAGGCCCUAUCGACAUUUUAAUAGGUGCUGAUAAAUUUUUUGAUGUGAUUAAGGGAGGAUCAAAGCAUAUUUCGAAUUCGAACUUGGUGUCGAUUCCAACCAUUUUUGGUUGUGUCAUAGCUGGAGGAAUACUGAAAUUAUCUGAUGAUAGCGUACAAGUUAAUUCGCUUUGCACCAGGAUAGACCAUGAAAAGGUAUUUGACCUGGAACGUUUUUGGAAAGUUGAGGAAAUCUCAGUUGAAACUCCUUUGUCUGUGGAAGAACAAUUGGCUGAAGAUUUGUUCGUUAAGAACACAACUCGUCGUUUGGACGGUAGAUACGAAGUUUUUCUACCCUUUAAGCCUUCGAUGGCUCUCGAGUUUGGUAAUUCACUUGGAACUGCAAUAAGUCGAUUUUAUUCGGUUGAAAAAAGGUUCCAAAAUAAUGAUGAUUUAAAAUCACAGUACUGUGGUUUUAUAAAUGAGUACUUAGCUCUAGGCCAUAUGGAAGAAAUUCCAUCUAACGAAUUGAAAACAGAUCAAAAUGCGUAUUAUCUUCCACAUCAUGCUAUUUUCAAAGAUGAUAGCACAACAACGAAGAUUAGAAUCGUCUUCGAUGCAUCCGCUAGAUCAAAUAAUUCUAUUUCAUUAAAUGAUUCUCUACUCGUUGGACCCACCAUACAGCGUGACCUAUUUUCGAUUUGUCUUCGCUAUCGGCUGCAUCUAUACGUUAUAUCCGGAGAUAUAGAGAAAAUGUAUAGGCAGAUUUGGAUUACAAAAGGCCACACAGAUUUUCAACGGAUUGUUUGGCGGAAUAGUCCCACGGAACCGUUGAAACAUUAUCGCUUACUCACUGUAACCUACGGUACAGCCUCAGCUCCAUUUUCCGCUGUUCGUGUUUUGAAGCAACUCGCCCUGGAUUCCGCUACAACUUAUCCUGUUGCAUCGAAAACCUUGCAAAAUGAUUUUUAUGUUGACGACGUUGUAACAGGAACUGAUAAUAUCGAUGAUAUAUUUGCUCUGCAAUCUGAGUUGGUAGCUUUAUUGGGCUCCGCAGGAUUUAACCUUCGCAAAUGGACAACCAACUGUCAACCUCUUCUGUUAAGGUUACCGGAAGAUCAACGCGAGCUCUCUCCAGUGGAUUUUGAGAACUCGACCUCGGUGAAAAUUCUUGGUUUGCAAUGGUGCCCAUCAAGAGAUUGCUUCUCUUAUAAAGUAAAGCUGAGUGAUAGUACUGCCUGUACGAAACGUCGUAUACUUUCGGACGCAUCGCGUUUGUUUGAUCCACUCGGUUUUUUAGCGCCUGUUAUCGUUGGAGUUAAGAUUAUUUUCCAAGAGUUGUGGAGAAGAAAAUUGGCAUGGGAUGACGAGGUACCCCAGGACUUGGCGCUUCAAUGGACUACCAUACGAGAUGAACUUCCCACUCUUGAAUCAUUGUCUAUUCCAAGGUUGAUGGUAAAAAAUAAAUUGAAUUGGGAGCUGCACGGCUUUUGCGAUGCGUCAUUGGAUGCAUACGCUGCGAGUGUUUACUGUCGAAGUAUUUCGUCAGAUGGUAUGAUUUCUGUAGAACUUGUAGCUGCCAAAUCAAAGGUUGCUCCAAUCAAGGUUUUAUCUUUACCUCGGCUCGAGUUAUCUGGGGCUGUAUUACUGACUCGUCUUAUAAACAAAAUAAAGUUAUCUUUGCAGGAACCUAAUAUUAAGACAUUCGCGUGGACAGACUCUUCGAUUGUGCUUCAUUGGCUAUCAGCACCUCCCAAGAAGUGGUCAGUGUUCAUUGCCAACCGAACGUCAGAGGUGUUAAGCUCCAUACACUUCAAACAAUGGAACCAUGUGCGCACCACUUCAAAUCCUGCAGACUUGGCAACCCGAGGAAUAUCCCCAUCAUCUCUGGCUUCAGCCAACCUAUGGUGGAAUGGACCUGUCUGGCUGAGUAAGGAAGUAGAUCAGUGGCCCGUAUCAAACUUGAAGGAAAAUAUAAAUAAGGAACACCUAGAAGAAAGAAAAGUAUCUCUGACACAGACAAUGCUACAAGGUUUUUGGAGUCGCUGGCAUCGGGAAUAUUUAACUUCACUGCAGCAGCGACCAAAAUGGCAAACAUCAAAGCCUAAUCUCCGAGUUGAUGACGUUGUACUAUUGAAGGAACCAAAUUUACCACCAUCCAAAUGGGUCAUCGGGAGAAUAAUAAAAACACACCCUGGAGACGACGAAAGGAUCAGAGUUGUGACUGUGAAAACCAAAUUUGGAGAAUACCUCAGACCAGUCGUUAAGGUGUCACCACUGCCUUUUUCUGAAAGACCCUAAUCUUUCAGGGUGGGCUGUAUGUUUUGGAACCAAAAUUGCAAGACCAACUGCAGCAAACAACACCCUAUGUAUAAAACAUAUUUUUUGUCAUUAUAAGAAUGACUUUGUCAAACAGUUACCAUUUAUGUACAUAUUUACUCAUUUUACAUUCACUCAAUUGUCAGUUAUAAUUUGCACUCAAGAGUCUAACGCUAAUUUUUAUUAUUUCAUACAAGUCAUUCGUGAUUCAAAGCUUGAGCAUUAAGCAUGUAACCUUUUUUCCAAUUCCUCACCUUAAAACAUAUACACAGUAAAGUACAGUUAAACAAUUACACAGUUAAAUUAAAAUAAAAUCAAACACAUUAUUAUACACAUUUAUACACUAAUUAAAUACACAUUACAAUUAAAUAAAAAGUUUAAAUUUGUAUCAAAAUCAAAGGACACCAA